CAGAUAUCCCCUUUACGCCGAUGAACUAUCCGAACCCUAUCCACAAGCCUACUUUUGAAGCACCAGCGGCCUAUACCUACCCAAGUGAACCGACAGCAGCAAAAGUGCCCAUCAUCAAGUCAGACCCUACGACCCCGACGUUCAACUUCAACAGGCCGACGUCACCAUCACCAACACUCAGUUCAUGUGCAGGAUCCAGCAGCCUGUCCAGCGGCUCUCAGGAUCUGCUCUCAACGGUUCCUACAGCAUCUAUCCUCAAAUCAUCAGACUCUCCCAGUGAAUCACCACCGGCAAAGCGCCUCCUUCGCCGCCGAGGGCGCCCACGGCUCCCUUCCCCAGACGACGAGAACUUUGACCCAACCAGCUCCAGGCCUCGUCGUGCUCGUCUCCCACACAACCAAGUGGAGAGGAAGUACCGACAAGGGCUGAACGCCGAACUCGACCGGCUACGGCUAGCAAUUCCGAUUCUACCACAGCCUAGCCCGGAGGAGGGCAGUUCGGCACCAAAGCCCAGCAAAGCAACAGUACUUGCCAGCGCCAUCAAGUACAUCCAAGGUCUUGAGUCGGAACGGGACCUACUCAAAGAGGAAAACUCGGAACUGAGGAAGCAGGCGGCGAUGAUGGGUGCAUCGGCAGUUCUGGGCAAACGAGCAGCGGUCCGACGAUGACGAUGCCGCUGCAGACUCUUCUUCUGGGGCUCUGGGGGGGAGAAGAUGCCGGACAAGCAUCAAGAGCCGUUUUUUUUGUUCCUCUCUGAACUGUUUCACCAA